UCGUCUAGGAUCUCCAUUUUAUAUACGGUCGUGCGACUGACUUUCCCUGGCGCACUUAGGAAGACGUUAGUGCUCACCGCUAUCGUGUUUAUGGUUGGAUGGAUGAUCCUUGGCGCGGAAAUCUUGUGGACCUGUGAAGCAGAAAAUGGACCGUCUUACUUGCUAUGUCCAGCCGACGUGCUCAGUGACACAAUCUUAAUACUGGCACCGUUCCGUCUGAUUUACAACGUCAAGCUCACUAAGGCUCAGAAGAUCCGACUUCUGUCUAUGUUUUCGACGUCUGCUGUUACCACCGUCGUCAGCCUUAGCCAUGCAUAUUACGCGCUUAAUGAUGGUGGGCUGAAAGCGAUCAUGGCUGCUACUGUUGAGGUGUCAAUUAGCUUGAUCGUGGCGAACUUGAGGGUAGUUGUCGCUUUCUUUCUUCCGCAUCAGCACUGA